UGACCCUGACCUUUCGACCUUUCGCCACAUUUUGAAAAUGUGUUAUCAAGCCAAAAAUGAUUCUUGGACCGCCCUGAACCAAUUUCUGAAGUCAAAUUCUCUGCCCCUUAAAGUGCAUACGAAACCUGGUCUUACUCCUAGGGUAUUAACAUUUGCGAAAUUUAUAUUUAAUUUUCAGGUUGAACAGUCAGAAGCAGAGAUAACCAAAGAAAAACCUAUAUCUCAGUACACGGGAUCAGUGACCAAUCAGCUUGUCCGACAUGAGAAAAUAUUAGAAAAUAUGGUUACCAAGAGUACUGGACCGAUGGAUGUAACUUGCAUAUGGGACUACGCCGGUCAGCUUGAUUAUUAUAUCACUCAUCGCUUUUUCCUUACAGAUGGGUCAUCGUACGGAGUAGUCUUUAGUUUGUUUGAUGAUUUGCAUAAAAUGGCAAAACCAAGAGAUUCCCAUAAAGUUAAUUUUUUUUUGCGAGUUUGGAGAGCAGCACCUUGGAGAAGGUCAAGGAGAUCGGAUGAAGAAUUAAAACACUUUGAGAUGACCAAUCUCCAAAUGAUCUUAUUUUUUAUAAGGUCAAUAUAUGAACACGCAGUACUGCUACAUGGCUCAAAGGAGACGUUGAUCAAUGGAGUGAUAGCAUCACCGCCGAUUAGUCUGAUUGGGACGCACAAGGACCUAUUAACAGGUACUGAUGCUGAGAAACUGACAAAGAUUACAGACAUAUUCAAGACAAUCUUUAAGGAAAUAGAAGGAACUCCAUAUGAGAGGCAUGUUGACCGCCAUAUGUAUGCUGUAGAUAACACU